UGACCAAAAUCAUUAUGUUCCAUUUUUGCACUCUUUCUCCCCGUGGACCAAAUACACAUUCAUCUCCUCCAAAUCCAAAUCCUUAAACUGUUAACUUAAUCCAAAUCCACCCACACAUUCACAUAACCUCAAAAUUCUCUCUUUUCGCUUUGUUUUUUUUCUAACCUUAAUCGCUGUCUCUCUUCCAACAAUCACAGUUUCAUCGGAUUCCCCGAAUUUUGUCCUGUUGUAGAUUUUUCAAUCAUGGAUAAAUCAGGAGAUGGGAUUUUUCCAGAUGAGGUUGUGAUGCAGAUUCUUGCAAGAUUACCUGUGAAAUCGCUUUUCAGAAGCAAAACUGUGUGCAAAUUAUGGUAUAGGUUGACUUUGGAUAAGUAUUUUAUUCAAUUAUACAAUGAUGUUUCUAGGAAGAAUCCUAUGAUUCUUGUUGAGAUUUCAGAUUCAUUGUUAGAAUCCAAAUCUAGUUUGAUUUGUGUUGAUAAUUUAAGGGGUGUUUUCGAAUUUUCGCUGAAUUUUUUGAAUGAUAGAGUUAAGGUUCGCGCGUCUUGUAAUGGAUUGUUGUGUUGUUCUAGUAUUCCGGAUAUGGGGGUUUAUUAUGUUUGCAAUCCGGUUACGCGUGAGUUUAGGUUGCUUCCUAAGAGUAGGGAGAGGCCCGUGACUCGGUUUUAUCCUGAUGGUGAAGCUACUUUGGUUGGUUUGGCUUGUGAUUCGGCGUUUCAGAAGUUCAAUGUUGUUCUUGCGGGUAGUCAUAGGACGUUUGGUCAUAGGCCGGAUGGGAAGUUUAUAUGUUUAGUGUUUGAUUCAGAGUUGAAUAAAUGGAGGAAGUUGAUUUCUUUUCAGGAUGAGCAUUUUACUCAUAUGAAUAAAAAUCAAGUUGUUUUUGUCAAUAAUGCUUUGCAUUGGUUGACCGUUAGCUCGAGUUAUAUACUCGUGCUUGAUUUGAGUUGUGAUAUUUGGAGGAAGAUGUCAUUGCCGUAUGACCCGAUUUAUGGAGCGGGAAACAGGACUUAUCUGUUGGAAUUAGAUGGUUGUCUUUCUGUGAUUCAGAUCUCGGAAGCGUGGAUGGUUAUAUGGGUGCUGAAAGAUUACUGGAAAGAUGAAUGGUGCAUUGUGGAUAAGGUGAGUCUGAGGUGUAUCAGAGGAAUGGUGCCAGGCAUUUUCCCGAUCAGUCAGACAACUGAAUAUGUUUUCUUGGCAACUCAUAAGCAGGUUUUGGUGUAUCAACGCAGGAGUCAAGUUUGGAAAGAAAUGUAUUCUGUGAAGUAUAGCUCAACACUUCCGUUAUGGUUUUCAGCGCAUGCGUAUCGCAGCACAAUGUUCUCGUGUAACUGAGGCAUGGUAUGUCGGUGACUACAUUAGAUAACUUUUGUACAUUUAUUUCUAGUUGCAAGUAUUUUAAACUCAUUUAGCAACUGUUAUUUUCUGAAAAUAUUAAUGUUUCUGGUACAGUAUUUCGACAAUGUUCUCUUGUAAUAACUGUGGUGUGGUUUCAUUAAAUAAUAACUCUUGCACAUAUAUUUGUUAUUGCAA